AUGCCUUUAGAAGUUUUAUAUUGCAAAGAGAUACAUAGUACAUUAUUAUUGACACAACAUCAUACUUCCUCUUCCUCCUCCUCCUAUUUUAAAGUUUGCGGAUUACCAUUUGAAUAUUGUGAGUUUGGACCAUCACCUGCAAAGUGUGUCGAAGUUAAUGGAAGUAUAAGUGCAUCAACUGUCAGUUCUGCUGCUACUGCUAAUCCUGAAAUUCAAGAUACAACAUCUGCUGUUACUGUCGAUGAAACAAGCACCAGCACAACAACCCUACAAGAUACGACAACAGAUAAACUUUCAAAAUUAAAGAUGGUCGAUGACUCUAAAGAGGAAGGUCAUACAACAAUUACAACUACAACCAACAGUGCAGCUGCCGAAGGAGAAUCGGUUGCUGCUGCACCUCCAAAGAAAAAAAAGGAAAAAUUACCAAACAUUACAAUCGAAGUAAACAACAGAAACAAGAGAAAGUAUGUCACUACGGUAUCUGGUUUGGAAGCAUUUGGCAUCAAAUUGGCAGAUGCUAAAAAGUUGAUGGCAAAGAAAUUUAGUUGUGGUUGCUCUGUCGUCAAGAAUGCAUCGGGCGGUGAAGAAAUAGAUAUCCAAGGUGACUUUGCUGAUGAUCUCGUCGAUUUGAUAUUGGAUAACUGGCCAGAAGUACCAGAAACAAAUAUCCUUGUCAUUACUGAUAAAAAGAAAAAAAGAUAA